GCAUAUUUCAUCUUUACGAUUAAAAAAUGAAGAAAACAAUCGUAAAAUAGAUAAUAAAAAGGAAAUUGCAAAUUAUAAUCGCAAUGGCCUUUUAAGAUUUGACUUUUUGGAGACCCCUCUUUCGUUCAAGUUUUUCAAAAGAUCUUCAUCUUAAUCUCCGAUCCGAUUCGAGAGGUUUUUCAUUGUUUUUUUUUUUUUUGGUGAAAUUCGUCGUCAAUGGCUGCUCCACCAGCAAGAGCUAGAGCUGAUUAUGAUUACCUCAUAAAACUUCUUUUGAUCGGCGACAGCGGUGUUGGUAAGAGUUGCCUUCUUUUGCGGUUCUCGGAUGGUUCCUUCACUACCAGUUUUAUCACCACCAUUGGUAUUGAUUUUAAGAUAAGAACCAUUGAGCUUGAUGGUAAGCGAAUUAAGCUCCAAAUUUGGGAUACAGCUGGGCAGGAGAGGUUUCGGACAAUCACGACUGCUUAUUAUCGUGGAGCCAUGGGAAUCUUGCUUGUAUAUGAUGUCACAGAUGAAUCAUCCUUCAACAAUAUUAGGAAUUGGAUUCGGAACAUCGAGCAGCAUGCAUCGGAUAAUGUUAACAAGAUAUUGGUUGGGAACAAGGCAGACAUGGAUGAAAGCAAAAGGGCUGUGCCUACCUCGAAGGGACAAGCACUCGCUGAUGAGUACGGAAUCAAAUUUUUUGAAACCAGUGCAAAGACAAAUCUAAAUGUGGAGGAAGUUUUCUUUUCGAUAGCAAAGGACAUAAAGCAAAGACUCGCUGAUAGCGACACAAAGGCUGAGCCUUCGACGAUCAAGAUCAAUCAACCUGACGCUGCAGGCGGAGCUGGUCAAGCUGCACAAAAAUCGGGAUGUUGCGGUUAAACCUAAGAUGACCAAAUUCUGUUAAAAAAGGGGUAAAUAUUUGAUCUUAAACUUCCAUUAAAACAAAAAGGAAAAAAAAGGGGAGGAGGUGAAGAAACUAAUCUCAUUGACUGCAUGAUGGGUGCUUGUGUUUUACUUCAUGUUUUAGUGUGUGAAAUAUAGUAUUUUCCUAUAAUUGAUAGUUUUUCUUAUUGGUAAAGUCACAAAGAUGUUUAAACUGUGACAAUAGGUAUGUAAUUUCAAUAUUUGCAAUUUUUUUUUAAUUCAAAAUAAAUAUAACUCGUAUUUCGUUA